AUAGUCCUCUCCCUCUCACACUUCUGAGCAGAUUCAACAGAUCCACCUAAGAAACAGGGCAAGAUGUUGCUAUCUGUGCUUUCUUUGUGGGGCAGUCUGCUAACUUUAGUGGCAUCUCAGAGCUGCCCGGAUCCAUCUGAGAACAGUGCUUCCUGGGUGAGGUUAAAGCCUCUAGGACAGUGCAAGGAUGGGGAAAGUACAUGCCCUUAUCGCAUCACCCUUCCUUCACUUACUAUUCAGCUUCCCAAGCCUUUCAGGGAUUUGGAGAAAAUGGUCAAAGAACUGCAAAGCCUGACACAGAUGGUAAAUCAGCUCAGAGAAGACUGCCGCGGGUGUAAGGAAAGGCAGGGAAUGGACUGGAGCACAUCAACAGAUGAUGAAAGAGAGGAUGGAGAAAGGAUACAAGCCUCUAAGAAAACUUUCAACACCAGAGAGAGCCAGCAGGAUAUAGCCCAGAGAGAGCAUACAGUUCAAGUGACCACAUCAAGAUCUGCAGUGGAAGACUCUAUGGUUAUCAGCAGCGAAGCAAAGGAUGAAAAUCCAACAGCAUUUGGAAAACAGUGGAAUACAAAUCAGGAAAGAAAUGUAAACCAACAUACCACUAAACCAAGGUCUGAGAAAAAUGGAGGAACAAAAGGAUUUGACCCUUUGCGAGAAAAAACAAUAAGUGGGAGUAUAAGUAAGGUCGGCGAGGUGCCCUCACUUACAACCACAUACAAGAAGAUCCUGCAGUUUCCAAUGGCUAAACUGACGGAAUCAUCUAUUCCUAGAGACAGAGAACAACCUACACAGGAAAGUCAAAAACAAAGUCAAGGUCAGUCCAUCACAAACAAGGUCAGAAAUGAGAUGUACCCUGGAACCCUUACUGCAAAAGGCAAGGUGAAGAGUAUCCCUGAAUACCAUGUGCUGACUACAGAAGAUGUUGAUGAUAAUGACGAUGAUAAAGAAUAUGAUAAUGAAGACGAUGAUGAUGAUGUGGAAACAAAGCAACUCCAAACACCAAAAGGUGAAAAUGUACCUGGCGAAAAACAACCUGUGACUGGCACGGAUGCACAAAACCACAGAGAACUUAAACCAAGGAUUAAACAACUUCCCAGAAAACAACAGGACAAAGAAAACAAAAAAGCAGUUGCCGACACCGGAUUAAAAGAAUCAAGAUCCAGUAUUUUUGAGGACACAAACAAUAAAAAUGUUGCUAAAGAAGGUAGUGUCAGUAUAAUACAAGAGCCUACUUUCAAAAACAUGAAAAAAAAUAAUCACGGUGAACGGUCUACCAAGGUGAAAGUAUUAAAACCUGGAUCACAUUCGGAGAGCCAAGUGAAUUUGAGACCAGUUAACACAGAUGACACAAUCAGAGGACAAAAGAAGUUAACAUCACCCAACACAGGCAGAGCUAAUGCCUCAGUUAACGUAAGUCAAAUAAACCCACAAACACUGGAAAUCAAAUCUAAAAAUGCAUUUAAAUCUAAAUUAGAUGGAAAGAUGGACACAGGAGUAAAAUUAAAAUUUAACUCAUCAGAGACGGUAAAUGGACAAGUGAUGACAACUUCAACAAUUGCUGGCAUGACUUAUGGCAUAGUUGAUGCAAGUCCUACAAAUCCAAAAACACUAGACAGUAUAAAACAAUUAAAUACUAGCACAGAUUUAGAGAGUGGAAUACAAUUAAACUCAGCUAAUACCACUGAUAGCGUGAGUGGAGUAAAGAAUCCAGGAUCACUUGACAGUAUUAAUGCAAGACCUAAUGUAGAUCUAAUAAAUACAAAUAUACAAAAGGGUAAAUUUCAGACCCCUUUAAAAUCUGGAACAGAUGUGGAGAGUAACACUGGAAUGGAUUCAAAUACAGUCAACAGGCAAAAUAAUUCAAGAUUAUCCAUCUCAGAGAUAACUGAUGGCAUUGUUGAUGUAAGUCAAACAAAUCCACAAAUAUUAGACAGUAAAAAUCAAGAGGACACAAAUUUAGAGAGUGAAACUAUAAGAGAUUCAAACCCAAUUAAGAACAAUGAUACAGUCAGUGUAAAAAAUAAUUCAGGAUUAUCUGUCUCAGACAGCAUUCAUGCUAAAGCUGAUCCAAAGAAACAGAGCAACUCUCAAUCCUCAUUACAAUCUAGUAAAAAUGGCACCAGUAGUACUGAAAUAAAUUCAAAUUCCGUCAAUGGAAUAAAGAAUUCAAGAGCACCUAUCUCAGUCAUAACUGAUGACAUCAUUGAUAUAAGUCUAACAAAUCCCCAAACAGCACAUGGUAAAGACCAGGUCAAAACUGGGACAGAUCCAAGGAAUGAUGAUAAAGUGGUUUCAAACCCGGUAAAUAACAUCAAAACAGUCAGUGGACAAGAUAUGUCAAGUUUACCCAUUUCUGACAUAACUUAUGGCAUAGUUGAUGAUAGUCCAAAAAAUCACCAAAUAGACCAGAAAAACAAAUUCAGAACUGGCACAGAUUCAGAGAGUGAUGUUGUAAGGCAUUCAAACCCAGUCCAGAACAUUGCUACAACUAAUGGACAAAAGAAUUUAAGAGCAUCUAUCUCAGACAGAGCUAAUUCCACAGCGGAUAUAGAUCUAAUAAACCUGCCAUCACUAAACUCUCCAAAGCCUUUCACAAAUGGUAUAGAUGCAAAGAGUAAUAAUGGAAUGGAUUCACAUAUAUCAAUCACAUCUGAGACAGUCAGUCAACUACAAACACCAAAAUCACCCUUCUCAGGCAUAACCGAUGCAGUUGCAGGAAAUCAAACAUAUCCAGGAACAUUUGAUAGCAAUGGAUUUAAAAACCCAUUCAAACCUUUAAUAAAUAAGGAGAGGAAGAAUAAAACGGAUUCAAAUGCACUUAAAGUUGAGACAAACCGUUCACUAGAAAUGCCACAAUUAUCAAUCUCAGACAGACCUGAUGCUCCAGAUAAUGUUAACCAAAUAAAUCCUCAAACGGUAUACAAUAACUUUAAAAACACCACAGAGGUAUCAACUCCAUUUAACAAUGCUGGGACCAACAGUCAGCUAGAAACACCAAAAUCGCCUGUCUCAGACAGAUCUCAUGCCACAUCUGAUCAAAUAAAUCCACAAGAAAUUGACUAUAUCACAAAAACAACAAUUAAACCUGGUGCAAAUUCUGAGACAAAGGCUGAAAUACAUCCAAACAGAGAUCACACAGUUGACACUGUAAGCCAACAAGAGAGAUCAGAAUCAUCCAUCUCUGAUUCCAGACGUGAUGUAAAUGGUACAAAUCACAGUCUGAAUAGUAAGUACGACCUACCCAAAAAAAGAAACCCAAAACUUAACGUUACACAACCAAGGAAUGGAAAGUUUAGGAUUCCAAAUCCUACAAGUAUAGACAAUGAAAGAAGAAAGGAACAAAGCAGCAACACAACUACAUCUUUGAGAAAUGAUGCAAAGAAAAGUGGCAGGCACGUGCCCACUGGAGAUCUUCCUACGAGUCAAGGGAAACGGCACGAAAUGAAACACCAACCAGAAAGAACCAGUACUGGUAGAAUAAAUAUAAGAAAGGAUCCUAGACAUAGAAAACCAUAUAUUUUGCAAAGAAUACCGUUAAAUGAAAGUAAAGCAUUUGGCUCAGGAGGGACAAAAAACACAAGUGGAAUAAUUGAUUAUAUAAUGAGCCAAACUGAAUCUAGUACUAAUAAUGAGUUAAAUAGCACAGUUUAUAGCAUGGGUCAAUCAGUCAGGCCCACUUUGGCACCACAGGGUGUUGUGGAUGAAGCUCAUUUAAAAAGAACUGCCCCUACAGUUGCAGUAGUGCACACAAGGGUUAAUCACCAAAUUGAAAGUACAUCGCAAGCUACUACGACCAAACGAAGACCUGAACAUACUGGUGGCCAUUCAGGACAUUCUCUGGUUUUGGACGAAGCAAAAAAUCUUGAAAGGGGCUCAAAAUUACCUCUUGUGGAAAAGAAAAAAGACACUCAUAGAAGAACAGAACAAGUACCAUUCAAAACUAGCAGGGUAGAUUCCAACCAGGAAAAACCUGAGAAAUCACUUAGGGAGGGAAGCAAUCAACAUUUUAGUGGGAAGACACCUCUAGUUGUCAUAAGCAAUGAGAGGAAUGGGUUAAACUAUGCAACAACUGCAGCCACCCCCUACACAAUAAACACGGAAUUUAAGAAUAAAUUCAGCAAAACCCCUCAGUUUACAGCUCCAAUUAUAACAACACCACAUUUAAUGGAUCAAGAUCAUGCAGAACAGGCCAAAACCACUUCUGGAGUGAAAGUGUCAAAUAAACAGGCUCAUCACAGACUUGAAAACCCCAGCCAGGAAAUUGAGUCCAAAAGAUCUCAUAGUGACACAGGAAACAAAGAGUUACAAAGUGCAAGCAAUGGUCAAGAGUCCAGUGCAGUGACAGAUUUGCAACCCAACUCUUUGGACACCAUCCAAAACAUAGAAAAUGGCUCAACGGCACUCAUUUUGGACAAAGUAAUGGCCGGUCCAGGCUCAAAGGUUUCAACCACAUCUAGUAAACACACCCAUGAAAACAGAGCAAGAGACACAAACACUGUUGCUAUGGACAAGGUUGAGACUAUUACAGAGGCGAUUCCAUUAACCCCAUCUGCAGACAAUGCUCCUGUCACAAAUCAAAGCAAAACUCCAUUAGGAUCUACUGACUUGGUAGUUGGCAAUAAUGGAAAACAUGCAAUAGAUAAAAAUAAUGUAAACAGAAUGACCGGGACAUCCUUAGACCAAAUGCCAGCUGGGCACACCAAUGAUGGAAGUAACAAGAAACCACUCACUGUAAACAGCAUGGACAACAGACAAGGCAUAGAGAAACAGCUGCUCAGCAACUGUCAUGAUCAGUGUGAUCGCGGUCCAACUCCUCAGUCAAUACUCAACAGCCAUGAAUCAUCAAAAGACAACAGAGACAAACUCCCCCAAGACUGUUCUGACUUCAUGAAAAAUCCCAAAAGUGGAAUCUACAAUGUGACACCCACUGGAUCAUGCAAUACAACUUUUCCUGUGUUCUGUGACAUGAAGUCUUCUGGUGGAGGUUGGACUUUAAUUCAGCAUCGCUUGAAUGGAAACAUCAGUUUCAAUCGUACUUGGAAUGACUAUAAAGGGGGUUUUGGCAACUUAAUGGGUGAGUUCUGGCUUGGAAAUGACAAGAUCCAUUGGUUGACGACAACCAAAGCCAUGGCACUCCGAAUUGAACUUGAGGAUUUAGAUGGAAUUAAGGAAUAUGCCCAGUAUGACCAAUUUCAUGUGGCCAAUGAAAGCCAAUACUACAGGCUGACGAUAGAAGGAUAUUCAGGCACAGCUGGAGAUGCUAUGCUCUACAGCAAAAAGUUCAAUCACAACCAAAAGAACUUUACCACUCCAGAUAGAGACAAUGAUCAAUACACCUCAGGAAACUGUGGAGCCUACUACAGCUCUGGAUGGUGGUUUGAUGCAUGCAUGGCUGCAAACCUUAAUGGAAAGUAUUAUGAGACAAGAUAUAAAGGAGUGAGAAAUGGUAUCUUUUGGGGCACCUGGCAUAAUAUUUCUACUGAAUCCUACCCAACCAAUGAACGACAAUCUUUUAAGACUGUUAGAAUGAUGAUCAGACCCAGGGCAGGGCUUCUGAUGGACUAGUUGUUAUUGUGGGAGAAAUUUCCAAGGACAGAUGCUUCCCUGCUACUUUGAGAAAGAAGUUGAGCACUAGAUCUGCUUGGUUACGUUCUGCAAAAAUGUAUUUGCAGACUGCAAUGCACUAUUUAAAUACUAUCCAGGUCAAUAUAGUUUCAGGACAUUACUGUUAACAUAAAGGCAUGUUUAUUUCUUGGGUUUCUUGGUUUGGUCCUUGUACAUUUUAUGAUGCAGAAGGUAGAUCAGAUGUAAAUGCAAAUGCAGAUCCUUAUAUUUAAAAUGAUCACUGGUGAAAUAAAAGGAUUGAAGUUAAGCAAAAGGCAGUGAAAGUGAGGUGAUUAAGUGAACAAGAUAGAAAUUGUGCUCUGUGUCCAAAAGAAAAUCUUAUCUUAAAGAUGAGACAUUCUUGCUUUGAAAAGGAAAAAAACCUUCCUUAUGUAGAAUAAAUGCAUCCUGUGGAAUGUGGGAAUUAAUGAGUUUUUAUGUGCACUAAUGUUCAAUGGAGGGUGAAAAAAAUAAAACUCUACAAGUCACAGAAAGGCAGAUUUUCCUAAUGUUUUUACCUUUAAAAACAACACAUUUCACUGUUUUCCUUUUAAUACUUAGCUAUGCGUUUAUAUAUUUUUUAUUUAAAAUAAAUACUGCCUUGUAUGGACAAAAAAGCUUAUAUAUUUUAAGACAACACUUCCAAUUACUACAUUAUGUUUAAUUUUGUUUGAUUGUUUUCAUCCAUCUCAUUCCUAUACCAGCUUUAUAUUUACAUGAUAUGUUUUUUACUUAAUUUCUGCACAGCAAACUAUAAUUAUGUAAUGGAUGUACACAAUGUUUAUUACAUGCAAACAUUAAAAACUGCCUACGUCAGGAAUGAUAUGUAUAAUGUACAAUGAAUUAAAUCUGAAUAAAACAAAUUCAACAUACCAACAAAAAGCCUCAGUACAUCUCCCUUAACUGAGGUUCUUUCAUAAUACUUUGUAAAAUCCUAGUUUACUUAAAUUCGCACUGACUUGGAUUUAUAAGAAGCAACACACAUUCCUUAGUCUCAAACACCCAGCUCAACAUGAUUCAAAUAGUUUCACCACAUCCCUUCGGCUCUCUUUUCUUGGUGACUGGAAGCCAAUGAAGUUCACCAAAAUCAUUGCCAUGCAUGUUGAACUAAUUUAAAAGGACAUUGUUAAUUGUCAGUUCUGAUGCAUGUCAGCAACAAUUUCGCAAAAUGAGACAAUCACAUUUCCUUCCUGUUUUAAUACUUUGCACAAAAAUACUUAACUGAACUACUUUAACAUGACAGCAUGUCUAAAAGGUUGCUGCACAAUUGGGUAAUUAGAUGCUUUUCAGUGCAUAUACACAGUUGUACUUAUAAAGUAAAAUAUAUCGCAAUAUUCAUAUAUAAUGCUAGAUUAUGUAGUCAUUUUCAUAAUUUGUAGAAAUGUGUAUAAAAGAUGGUAGACUGAACUCCUGCUGUUUCUCAAAUAAAUAAAAAAAAACUGGGCCUAUUUUAUACAAACCUUCUCAUCUUGAAUUAAUCAUGCUAAUCUGGUCAACAGUAAUCUGGCUAUUUAAGAAAACCAGAAAAUCAUGUGGAAAAGUGGGCUAACUUCAAAUACUCCCUUUUUCCUGUUAAUUAAAUUUAAGAGCUCUUUGCUUCACUAUUGGGUUAUUAUAAAGUAAUAAUAUAUAGUACAUUAUUAUCUAGAAAAUAUAGUCAGUAUAACUAUUAAAAACAAUUCGAUAUAUUGAGACACUGUGAAUCAAUUGUGUUGGAUAAAUGGAUAAGAUGUAUAAAGUCCAUAAUGAAGAAUAAAAUAAGUUAAUUGUUUCAGUUUACCAAAAUGUAGAUAUUUUAUAAUAAUUCGGAUAUGGUAUACUUUAUUUAGAUUAGAUUUUAAUUAUAGUUUUUUUUUUUUUUGGUCAAGCUCUUCUAGUCCAAAUCCCACAGAAGAGCAAAUAUAGCACAAAAAGUCAAUGCUGGCUUUGAUAGAAGGUGUCAAAACACAAGCGUUGCUGUGUAUGGGGACUGUUAAGCUUAAGAUCGAUUAGUGCCCAUGCUGAUUAUGUUUAUGGUGCAGGUAUGUCACUUAGCUUGGGAAGACAUUUCAACGUAAUCCACUAUGGGAAGAAGGCAGGCUGGCAGAAGCAGUGUGAUUCUCUGAGCACUAUUUUCUGCUGGUAAACCUUUGACCCUGGAAUUCAUAAGGAUCUUACUUUGACACGUACCACCUACUUAAACAUGGGAGCAGACCAAGUGCACCUCUUCAUGGCAACAUGUUCACUAAUGCCAGUGGACUGUUAGAUGUUGUGCCCUGCCACACAGCAAAAAAUGUUCAGGAAUUGUUUGAGGAACACAGCAAAGAGUUAAAAAAUUCACUUGGCCUUUUAAUUCCACAGAUCUUAAUCAACCAAACAUAUGGAGUGUGCAAUCCACUCCAACUUGCUAACCUAUAAGACUUAAAACAAUCUAAAGAAGAUAGUAUACUGUAUAUUCAAAGUAUUGCAAAGAAUGUCAAUCUUAAGAAUAACGUUGUUGCCAUAAAUGAAUAAGAAUGGAAAAUCUAGAUUCAUUUAUGCUCAAAAUUAUGUGAAAGUCAAACUAAAAUAAAACUUAACUCUGGGUUUCAAAACUUCUCACAGUACCUACAAUGCAGAACACAUGAAACAGAACUAAAGAAACAAGCGUUUACACAUUUCGCCUAAACUACUUUAAACCAAACGGCCUGAGUGGAAUGUUAAUGUUAGCACUUGACUACAGCAAAAUGUCUGGAGAGCAUCAAAUGUCCACCCAUGUCUCAAAUAAAGCUAAAAGCCUGUAAUGAUGAAAAAUUAGCUAACCCUCUAUAGUAUACAUAGUUCCAGGUUUUUACAGAAACAGGAAUAAAACUUAUUUAAACUAUAUUUUCUAUGAGAAAAGAUCAUAUUAAUUUUAUUUAUAGAAUAGGGAAAACGUUCAUGAUAGAUAUUCUAGGUACUAGUAUAAUGCCAGAACCCAAUCAACCUAAGCAAGACACAUAAUAUGUCUUCACUGGAUGAAAGGUACUGAGUAAACAAAAUUCCAGUUAAAUGCAAUGCAACAUCACACAAAAAAACGGCCUCAAUUAUUUGUCUUUUAGCCAAGCACAAGUGUAAAGUUCAGCCCAUAUUACUCAAUCAAAGUAGACACUUCUUUUUUUUCACACAGCUAACCAGUGCGCUGGAAAAAGUUUCCACACUUGGUCUUUGGAAUGAAUAAAUAAUCAUUCGCCAAGAAAGUGUCAAAAAGUCAACAAAGGAGAAAAACAGACUGCUUUUACCAAUUCCUACCAGUUAACGGUGGAACACAAUUUUUUACAUUUUACUUCUUGCUUUGAGUAAAAAAAAAAAAAAAAAAAAUAAAAAAUUUAUGUUCAUCACACAUCAUAUAAACACAGUAAUAGGGAAAGAUAUCCAGCAAGAUGAAAGACACUGAAUCUUUAAACACAGUAUGCUUACUUGUUGAUUGUCCAUCAUGUAAAAUAACUGGAUUUGCUUAAAUGGCAACAAACAUUCUACAUCAGACAAGCAGUUUUUUAAAAAUAGCAUGCUUUGCACUACUGAUCAGAAGGCCAGGAAGUUCUAGAAAAUUCAGAAAGAAACAAUACUCUAUACUAUUGAUGGAAAAUGCAUCAGAAAAGAACCACUGCACUCCUGAGCAAGGCCCCUUAAAUGAUUGGUUUACAUAGUUUUAAUUGAUUCUGCCUCAUUACAUUCGGUCAUUUGGCAACAAAUCAAUAAGAUUAAUCAUAGUUAAUCAAAACUACACGUUUGAGGGAUUUCUACAUGGGCUAACCCCAAGUUCAAGCCUAAGUAACACUUUUCAUAAAUGUGGAAUAAACCAACAUAAACAUAAAUUAUUUAAUGUUUAUUCAACAUGUAAUUAUCAACAUUUUGAGAGUCACCAACGUCAGAGUUUGUAACAUAGAAGUAGUACAGAGAACAUCUUAGGAAUAUGACAAAUAUGCUUAUUGUGUUUUUCGCAGGAUAAAAAGCGAGGCUGAGGGAAUGACUGCUUAAUAGCUGCAAUUAAACAAGUAACAGAAAAUAAUUUUCCUUUCAAUGUUCCACAAUAUUUCUUCUAUCUACAGUAUAGUGCGGGGAAAAUUAUAAUUUGCUGUUCAUUAUUAAAUCAAUUUCAUUAAUGAUAACUCAGAUAAUGGUGGUGCUUUACAUAAGAUGUGCACUAAAAUAACAAGCAAUAUGCUUCUGCUAAGGUGUGAACAUUUUAUAUUGUUGACGAAGAACAUCAGUUGAACACUUUUUAGCAGUGUGGAUGUGAGGAUUUAAAGUAAACAAGUGUAAAAAUAUAAUACUCAGUAAAACAAGAUGUGUGCAUGGAUAAAUCUCCACACACUUUCAGGGAACAGCCAAAAAUAAAACAAACAAUUUUUCCUGUUAUCUCAGAUAUAUUCAUUCAGGACAUUCUAUUUUUAAAGACUGCUUGUUUUUUCAUGUAGCCCUAAUAGUAACUUAUGUAAAAAGGCAGGUUUAUAGUCUUUCGUUCCGCAUAUCGGAAGGUAGAAUUUAAUCUUUCAGAUGAUAAAAUACUACAAUUCCAUUUUGAUUGAAAAGUUUUGUGUAUAAAACCUGCUGCUGUGAAAAACAUUGACAUUUUAGGGGAUUGUGUGAUAUUUUAAUCAUAUCGUGAACAUUGCUAAUGGUAGCUAUAAAGUUUCCUUAUUUGAUAGCAUCGUUAACUAAUAAAUCCAGUGCAAAAUUAACACACCCCAGAAACUACAAUAGGUUCUGGGAGUUUGCCUGCAUUUGGCAUAAAAGAAAUUAGUGUAAUUCAAGGAGACACAAAAUAAAAAAAACAAACAAACAAACAAAAUGUAGGCGAAUGUAGUACCUGCUACCUGAUACCCACAACAUAAACCAUCAGCAAUCAUCAAUGCAUCCACUCUCAAUUACUCUUUAUGUACAGACAUUCCCGCUUUUAGGCAGCAGAUUCUUAAAUGUGUUGCUAUUCAAAUCCACAUGGACACUUGUAAAUUAAUGCACAAAACAUAUUUACAACUUUCUCCCAAGUCAAUCAGUGUCUUCCCGCUCAGCCUCUUCAGAAGUGGAAGACAUUGUAGCCGAGCUCCACCAUGGCUCCGAUAAGAAGAGCCCACAGAGGAAUACAAAU